AUGCUGAAACAAUUGCUUCAAGGGCAAGCUGAUGGUGUAGUGGACACAAGCAAGAAGCUAGCUGAAAUAAACUCCAAGAUCGAGAAUCUCAACACAAGCUAUUCAGAACCCCAAGGAACAGUGCAAGGUCAUCUUCACUCAAGAGGACUUGUUGAAGAAGAGGAUCAAGAGAGAGUCAUUGAAGAGUUUUGUUUACUGCUGAAUGAUGAUGAGAUUGUUGCUGCUGAGGCUCCUGGAGUCCAGAUUGAUCAACCAGAAGUGCAGGCACCUACUGUGGCCCUUCACACUUCACCAGUUGAGCUCGCACAACAAGCUCGAUCGGCAGCUCGAUCGAGUCGAACUCUAGCUCGAUCGAGUCCGACCUCUUCUGUCCCAAAGCCGAUUUUGCUUGAUCCUUACCAACCGGUUGCACUUCCUCGUCUCGCCUACUUAGUCAAGGGCACAAGGAAAGGUCCUGAAGAGUCUACUCAUCAGUUCAACCUGCUUACUUCACCCACUUUCCUACCAAAGGUCAAGGAUCAAGGGAAAUUCACUCUCCCUUGCACACUUGGGCAUCUUGAGCUUGACAAUGCCUUGGUGGAUUCUGGAGCAAGCAUCAAUCUGAUCUCUCUCUCAAUGGCAGAGAAGCUAGGCAUUGCUGGAGCCUUGCAGCGCCCUACUACUUCAAUCAUGUUUGGAGAUGCAACUUCUAAGUCUCCUCUUGGAGUGUUCAAGAACUAUCACUUGAAAAUUGGAGAAUGCAUCAUCCAAACUGAUCUUACUGUGAUGGAGAUGGAAGAAGAGAAGGAUCUACCUCUGUUAUUGGGAACCCCAUUCCUUAGUACAGUUGGCGCUUCAAUAGACUUUCACAAGCAAGAAGUGAUCCUUCACAAGGUGAAUAGUUUGGUGUCAUAUCGCUUGCAGCCUAGAGGUUCAGACUUUUGUGCCACAAUUGACAGUACCACUCUCAGUUCUAAGAGUCAUGAAGCUACAAAGGUUGUGAAGGAAAGGGUUGACAAAGAACCAAGAGUUGGGAAGGAUAAGGUUGAUAGAGGACCAAGGAUUGAGAAGCCACGUCUUGAGAGGGCUAGAGUUGAGAAACCACGCCCCUUCAUCAAGCCAUCUCAGCUCACAAUGACUUUGUUCCCCACCAAGUUUGAAAAUGGGAAGAUUGAGUACAAGAUAAGGUACAAGGGGAGAUCAAGGCCAUUCUCUAGAGCCAAGGCCUUGGUGACUUCAGAACAGUCCAGGGACCCAACCAAGCUAAAGGAGCUUCUGUCUCAAGUCCUCACUAUCACCCUUGAUGGUGGGACUAGCUCAACCAAUGCCUAA